AUGUCUGACUCUCUGGAACCGCCGGCCAAAAGGGCCCGGUUGGAGGCGGACGCUCCCAUCUAUGGCGCAUCUGCACCUGCGCUGGACGCGCCUGGUUCGCCGGUCGAUGACCUAGACGACGACUUUUACGAUAAUUCACCAGUCAAACCGUCUGCGCUGCCUGCUGUGGAAGGGACGGCAUCGAUGUUUGCUGCGGCUGCACCCGCGCCUGUGGGCUUUCAUCUCCCUGGACUCGGCUCAACGAGCGAGGCCCACGCCACGCACGCUGCCCUCCCCGUCGCUGCAGAGGCGCACGAGGACGAGGCGCCUGAAGAUGGCGAGCUGUCGGACGACGAGGCCUUCUACAAUGACGCCAGCGCAGUCGCUCCUCCUGCAGCCAAUCAGGAGCAGGUCCUGGGCGAUGCUCCACAGCACGGUAAGCUGUCGCGCCUUGAGUCUGCCUGCCAUGUACAACUCCCUGACGUUUGCUCCAAAGAUGCUGCUGCCGCCUCGCCCACUGUCGAUACUGACGGCGAGCUUGAUGCCGCCCUCACUGCAGCUAUAGAACACCAGAAUCAGCAGGACCGCGCCGAAAUUGAGGCUGCUGCCGCCCAGGCAUCUGAUGCUGCCAUCAUCGACAGCAAGCUUGAGUUUUUGCGCGCCGCAGAGGCAAACAGAGAUAACAAAGAUGCCGAGUGGCAACUAGAUUCGGACGCUUCAGACUCUGAUUCGUCGUCUGACUCGUCGAGCUCUGACAGCGAUCAAGAAGGUGGCUCGGAUGAUGGCGAGCUGCUUGAUCCCGAGGAGCAAGUGCGCUUGCUGUUGGAAGAAGCCCUAGAGGAGGAGCCGGGCCCCUCGGGCAAAGCCAAGGUCAAGACUCAGAAUGAGGUCGAUGAACAGUACGAAAAACCUGACAUCACAAUGACGGACGAUACCAAAGUCACAGAACUGGGUAAUGUCGAGUCAGUCGUUGAGAAUCUUGUCCUGAUCAAGGGAAACACAUCUGGGGACUACCAAGUUCUUGAGUCUGGCUCAGCGUUAUGUUUACAGAACCGCACUGUCAUCGGAAAGGUUUCCGAACAGAUUGGGCGGGUGGAAGAACCCCGUUAUGCCCUUGGUUUUAACGAUGCAGCAGAGAUCACAGCUCUAGGUAUACAAAAAGACACGCCCAUAUAUUAUGUCAACGAGCACUCGACUUUUGUCCUCACAGAGCCUUUGCGAUACCAGAAACAUACCGAUGCGUCCAACCUGCAUGACGAAGAGACCAACGAGGUCGAAUUCUCUGAUGAUGAGAAGGAGGCGGAGUACAAGCGAGAACAAAAGGCCAGGAAGCGGGCCAGGACAGAGGGCAGCGAUGAGCCUGCACCCACACCAACUGUAUCGAUGCCAAUACCCACAGGCCCCAGGGCUCAGGUCGAGGCACCCAUGGCAUACCGUUCCAUGGAAUACCAAGGAGGAGGCUUGAAAUAUAGUGACGACGAAGACGAAGACCUUGGUAUGUACAAGCCGCUUGCGAGACCAGAUCAUUUUGAGCAGAUUGUUGGACAAGGUGCACCACUCGAGGACCGCAGUCACGUACGCAGAGGCAUGGGCCGCGGAAGAGGGCCCUGGGGUGACCGUGGACGCAGUUUCCGAGUCAGGGGAGGAUUCACUGGCCGUGGUGACUUUAAUGCUGGUCAGGGCAACAGGGGGGGUUUUGGCGGCGGACGUGGGGACUUUGGAGCUGGUAGAGGAGAUCGCGGAGGACACGGAAAUCGUGGUGAUCGAGGUGGCAACAACAAUCGAGGCGACCGCGGUGGACGUGGGCCCAAGGGUCAGGCUGAUCGCGGUGGCAGACAGCAGGACCAGUUCCAGAACCGACAGCCAAAUCAGCAGAAGAAUGGUUCUCAACACGAUGGACGCUCUGCCACCUCAGCCUCGCCAGCCCGCCAGCAACAGGACCGUCAAGGCUCUCAGUCACAGCAAGGUCGUGAGCAGUCCCAAGCACAGCCCUCUCCGGCAACGGGCGGCAAGAACAAGAACCGAAAGCAACGACAGCGCGAAAAGAGAGAGCGAGAACGUCUCCAGCAACAGCAGCAGCAGCAGGGACAGCAACCAGUUCAACCGCAGGGACAGCAACAUCAGCAAGCUCAGAAGCAGCAACAGCACUCUUCUCCAGCACCUUCUGGCCCCUCAAACACUAAUGCAUAUGCAAAUAACAGUAAUACAGGAUGGCCAGCACCCUAUUCGGCUCCCCCACAACCUGUUGCCAAUUUCGGUCAGGUGCCUGUACCGCCACCACAAGCUGCCGUGACAUCGUACCCUUAUGCCGCAUUUGCUGCUCAGGCUCAGCCGCAGCCGCAGCCGCAGCCGCAAGCACAAGCUGGAGGGCAGGCAAAUAUGGCAGCAUGGGCACAGUGGCUCCAGCUCGCCGCAGCCAUGACCCAGCAGCAAUCAUCACAGCCAUCAGUUCAGGCGGCAGCUCCGCCUCCACCUCGGCCUGUACCUCAGCAUCAAGCAGGGAUGCAGUACUCGUACCCAUAUCAACAAUAUGGUCAGCCUGCUCCCCCUGCUAAUCCGCAACAGCAGGGCAAUGGUCAGGCUAGCACGCAGUCUCUCCAAGACAUUCUGCGAGCGCUUGGUGGAGGUGGCGCACCUCAGUAG